AUGAGAGUUUUAAUUACUCUAUUAUUUUGUUGUAUAUUUUUAUUUCACCAAACAUGUUGUAGCGUGGUAUCUAGAAAUUUAAAAGAAGAUAAAAAAGUUUCAGAAAAUAUCACUAAAAGCAUUGAAGAUAUUUUGAAAAAUAAUAGAGAAAAAAAUUGGAUUGAAUGUAUAGUAUGUAGAGUAGUUGUUGAUAAAAUUCAAACAUUAAUAGAAAAUGGAAAAACUGAUGAAGAGGUUGAGAGUGUACUAAUACAAAUUUGCCGAUUAUUAAAUGUAGAAAAUUAUUAUAUUUGUGAUCAUAUUAUCCAUCGAUUUGCCAAUGAGGUUGUUUUUGUUUUAUCAAAUGCUAUUGUUACACCAUCUGAAGUUUGUGGAGCUUUUAUUAAAGAUUGUGGAGUAUCAGAAAAUCCAUUUAAUGAUAUGUGGUCAAUUAAAAUUCCUGGUAAUAAACCAACUGUUAAACCAUGGCCUAUUGUAAAAAAUCCACAAUCAAAACUUCGUGUUCUCCAUUUAACAGAUAUUCAUAUUGAUACAAAUUAUACAAUAGGAUCUGAGGCUAAUUGUGAUAUAGGAAAACUUUUUAAUACUUAUACAUUUUGUUGUAGAAUUUAUCCAUCUAAUGAUAAUACUACAAAACUAUCAAAUAUUCGUGUUCCUGCUGGAUAUUGGGGAUCUCCAUAUGAUUGUGAUAUACCAUAUAGAACAUUUAUAAAUGCAAUGGAACAUAUUUCUAAAAAUGAUAAAUUUGAUUACAUUAUUGUUACUGGUGAUUUAGAAGCUCAUGAUGUUUGGGAUUAUAGUAGAGCAAAAACAAUGACAAACAUUUUAAAUAUAACAUCUAUACUUCAAGAAUAUUUUCCACAUACACCGAUAUAUCAAGCUACUGGUAAUCAUGAAGGUGUUCCAAUGGAUUCUAUGGGUCCUCAUACAAUGCCUGAAUAUCAAAAACGUGGACCAACAUGGUUAUAUAAUACAUUUGCUCAAGCAUGGAAAAGAGAUUUACCACCAUCAACACAAAGCGGAAUUAAAUAUAGAGCAAGUUACUCUUUUAAACCAUUUAAUAAAUUAAAAAUUAUUUCAUUAAAUACAGUGUACUGUUCAGUUUAUAAUUUUUAUAUUUAUAUAAAUCAAACUGAUCCUGAUGGUACUCUAGAAUGGUUAUCACAAGAAUUAUUAGAUUCUGAAUCUAAAGGUGAAAAGGUACAUAUAAUAAGUCAUAUUCCUCCUGGUGUUACAUAUUGCCUUAAAGGAUGGUCAUUUAAUUUUUAUAAAUUAGUAAAUCGUUUUGAAAAUACUAUUGCAUUCAUAGGGAUGGGACAUACUCACCAAGAUCAAUUUGAAGUUUAUUAUGACACUUCUUCAAGUAAAAAAAGACCAACACAUGUUAAUUGGAUUGCUCCAAGUUUAACAACAUUCUCUUUUUGUAAUCCUGGUUAUCGUGUAUAUGAAUUUGAUGGAAAUUAUGAAGGUAGUACUUUUACUGUUUUAGAAGCUGAAACUUAUUAUACAAAUAUUUCUGAAGCAACACAAUUAAAUUCACCUGUAUGGAAACUUGAAUAUAAAUUUACUGAAGAAUAUAAUAUGCCAAAUUUGUCACCUGAAUCUUUUAACGAUCUUAUUAAACGUAUUGAAAAUAAUCAAACUUUAUUUGAUAAGUAUUAUUUUAAUUAUUAUAGAAAUUAUGUAAAAUGUGAUGAAGAAUGUAAAAAAAAUGCUAUUUGUGAUAUGAAAUCUGCUCGAUCAUUUGAUUCAAAAUCAUUCUGUUAA